ACGGUAUCCAUGAUGGUAUUCUGUGUCAGCUAGCGAUAUUCAAAAAAUAAAUAUUUUUCACGUAAAAAAUUUCCACAAAAUAUUUCCCCCCCAACUAUACUUAAUCUCCCCUCUUCUUUCCUUCUUUCCUUCCUUUCUCUCUCUUUCUCUCCACGUCCCAUGAUCCAGAGGAACCGGGCCGAGACCCUGCAAUGUAAGAAGAAUAGGGGUUCCACAGGGCUCUGUGUUGUGUUAAAUAUCUUUCUCUCUCUUUCUCUCCACGUCUCCUCUGUCAGGUACAUUCGUACCAUGUAUCUGGGCAUCCAGAGUCAUCGUCGGAAGGAGAACCAGAGGAGGUUCUACUGGGCCAUGAUGUAUGAGUACGCUGACGUCAACAUGCUACGUCUGCUGGAGACCUUCCUGGAGUCAGCUCCUCAGCUGGUCCUGCAGCUCUGUAUCAUGAUCCAGAGGAACCGGGCCGAGACCCUGCAAUGUAUGUCUGUGCUUGCCUCUCUGCUGUCUCUGUCCUGGGUGCUGGCCUCCUAUCACAAGCUCCUGCGUGACUCCCGUGACGACAAGAAGAGUCUGAGCUACCGUGGGGCCCUGGUACACCUGUUCUGGCGUCUCUUCACCAUCUCUUCCCGGGUCCUCUCCUUCGCCCUGUUCGCCUCAGUGUUCCAUCUCUACUUCGGCAUCUUCGUGGUGCUGCACUGGUGUGCCAUGGCCUUCUGGGUAAUCCACGGUGGCACCGACUUCUGCAUGUCCAAGUGGGAGGAGAUUCUGUUUAACAUGGUUGUGGGCGUGGUCUAUGUGUUCUGCUGGUUCAACGUGAGAGAGGGUCGGACGCGCUACCGUAUGGUCACCUACUACACCGUGGUGCUGCUGGAGAACGCCGUGCUCACCGCGCUCUGGUACGCCUACCGUGACCCCGCCACCACCGACGCCUACGCCGGCUCCGCCCUCUGCAGCGUCUUCCUGUGCUUCGCCUCGGGCGUGGCCUGCAUGGUGCUGUAUUACGGGGUGCUGCACCCCAUGGGCCCAGGGCUCCGGGUCCUGGCCUCCUCCUGCUGCGCUGAACUGCUGUGGGGGCUCCCCCUGCCCCCUGAGGCCGAACCCAUGGCCCCCACCCCGGGUCCCAGAGGCUCCCAGGCCACCCCGACACGGGCCAUGGCCGGGGACUAUGAAGGAGAGUAUGAAGCGGCUACGGACACCUGUCUGCCUGUGUUCCAGGUGAGGUCCACAGAGCCGAUGGACGCGGCCGGGAGACCCAUCCGGCCAGAGGGGCCCCUCAUAAAGAUAGACAUGCCCAGAAAGCGCUACCCGGCCUGGGACGCACACUUUGUGGACCGGCGACUGCGCAGGACCAUAAACGUACUGCAGUACAUCAGCCCCAACGCGGUGGGCAUCAGGUAUAGGGAUGGACCUCUUCUCUAUGAGUUACUGCAGUACGAGUCCUCUCUCUGAAGGA